CCCGCCAAUCAACGCUUGCGACCCGCCCUUCUCGUCGCCGGAAGCAGCCGUUGCCCCGAGCAACUGCAACGUCCGGCUUUCAGAGUUAGCGGCGGGAAAGGCCAUGAGUAAAGGCCGGGCGGAGGCCGCGGCGGGAGCCCCCGGGAUCCUCCUGAGGUACCUGCAGGAGCAGAACCGGCCCUACAGCGCCCAGGACAUGUUCGGGAACCUGCAGCGGGAACACGGACUGGGCAAGGCGGCGGUGGUGAAGGCACUAGAGCAGCUGGCCCAGCAAGGCAAAAUCAAAGAGAAGGUGUACGGCAAGCAGAAGAUCUAUUUUGCCGACCAGGACCAGUUUGCCAUGGUGAGUGACGCCGACCUCCGAGGCCUGGAUGCCAAAAUUGUGGCCCUCACGGCUAAGGUGCAGAGCCUACAGCAGGGCUGCCGCCACAUGGAGGCUGGUAGGACUGGGCAGCCCCUGAAGGGGCCCCUAGGGUCAGGGUCAGCUAGAGGUCAGGAAUUACAGAGUGGAUGGUUUUGCGUCAGUGAGUUUCUGCUCGGCUGCCACAGGCAUCAUGUUAAAAGAGAGAACAGCUCAUGGCUUUUUUUUUUUUUAGAUUUUAUUUAUUUAUCCAAUGUGGAGACAGGUGUGUGA